CGAACCGGAGUGGAUGUGUGUGUGUGUCUCGUCUUGAGAGGGAGAUUAGUUUUCUUGUUGGAAUUAACGUGAUGCCUUUUUCUGGACUACAUAUCUUCAACGAGGGAUACCACGCCGUUUGCCAGAGCAGAACAACGGAAAAGAAAAGUCUAAUUUCAGGCUUUUAAACUCACAAUACGAAUAAAGUAAUAUUAGCGGCGUAUUUGUGUUUCAUGGCUGCUGGGGAUGUGUCCCAGCUGCCGGCGACAAUAGCGGCCAGCCGGAGCGUGGAGAAGGCGCUGGACGAGGCUGCGGCGAGCGGUGCUCUCAACUUGUCUAACCGUAAACUGAAGGAGUUUCCCUCAACCGCAAAGAAUUAUGACUUGUCAGACAUUGUAUACGCAGACCUGUCCAAGAACCGGCUGUGUGAGCUGCCCGAGGAGCUGUGUCAGUUCAUCUCCUUGGAGACGCUCAUCCUGUACCACAACUGUGUGCGCUCAGUCACCGCCCACCUGGGCCACCUGCAGGCCCUCACCUACCUCAACAUCAGCCGUAACCAGCUCUCUAGUCUGCCCCCAUCCGUGUGUCAGCUGCCCCUGCUGCGGGUUCUCAUCGUCAGUAACAACAAGCUGUCGGCCCUGCCCGCCUCCAUACACGCCCUCACACACCUCCGCCAGCUGGACGUGAGCUGUAAUGACCUGCAGUGUUUGCCCGUGGAGUUGGGCCAGCUGGGCAGCCUUCGGGACCUCAACCUGCGGAGGAACCAGCUCACCACGCUGCCCGAAGAGCUGUCGGAGCUGCCGCUGGUGCGGCUGGACGUGUCCUGCAACCGGGUGGCGCGCGUGCCCGUCUGCUACCGCCACCUGCGCCACCUGCAGACCAUCAACCUGGACAACAACCCGCUGCAGUCGCCGCCGGCGCAGAUCUGCUCCAAGGGCAAGUUCCACAUCUUCAAGUUCCUCAACAUGGAGGCCUGCAAGAGGAGCCAGGACGAGCUGCUGGACCGCGCGCUCAGGCCCACGCACUUCAACAGCUGCUUGUCGGACCAGGAGCUGUUUCCUGGGCAGUAUGGAGGGCUGGACUCCGGCUUCAACAGUGUGGACAGCGGCAGCAAGAGGUGGUCAGGGAACGAGUCUGCUGAUGACUUCUCUGAGCGAUCUCUGCGUAUGGCUGAGAUGAACCGAGAACACAGGAAUCUACAAGAAGAGGAGGAGACGACACCGCCCACAGAAAAAGUAAACGGUGUGGCGGAGCAGGUGGACUUCAUCGACAGCAGCGUGACCGAAGAGGAGGAAGAGCCUGAUCAACAGCGGCCCAGCACACCGCUCACAGCGCCCCCGCAGGACAAGAGCGAAAGUGUGUCUCCAUCGCACAGCCCACAGUCCACCGACAGCAGGACGAGUGUGAGCGUGAGCGUGAGCUCGGCGGACUCGCUCCCGCCGUCCUCGUCGUCCAGUCCGUCCAGCCCCACGGAGGAGCGGCGGCGGCCCGGGACGCUGCUCAUCUGGCAGGAGCGCGAGCGCGCCCAGCAGCAGCAGAAGGACAAGGCCCGCGACACCACCUUGCAGAAGACUGCUGUGAAAACAGGAAGUCACGCCACAGCGAGCAACUCGCAGGCAGGAAGUAGCCCCGGUGGUGAAACAACAACAGAAAGCAGCCCUCCCUCCCAAAAUGGCCUCAGGCAUAGAUGUGCAACUGAGACUUCACUCACAAACCUGCAGCGGUCAUACACCAGACAAGCGUCCUCAGACGCAGUCAGUUCCCAGAAGGCCAGCUCUCCACCAGGCCAAACCCAGAAACCCAACAGCUUCCUGUUCCGCACCUCCUCUCGCUGUUCGGUGUCGUCCGUGUCGUCUCUGGUGGAGUCGGGCCGCAGUGAGUCCCGCACCACCCUCAAGUCCCCCAGAGAGGAGAGGCCAGAGGUCAUCCAGCUGCGCAAGACGCUGGAGUCCAAGUUGAAGAUCACUCUCCCUGAAGACCUCGGCGAGGCCCUGUCCAACGGCACCAUCCUCUGCCAGCUGGUCAAUCACGUGCGGCCGCGCGCCGUGUCAAUCAUCCACAUCCCCUCCCCUGCAGUGCCCAAGCUGAGCGCUGCCAAGUGUCGUCUCAACGUGGAGAACUUCAUCGCUGCCUGCCGCAGACUAGGAGUCCCAGAGGCGGAGGUGUGUAUAGCGUCCCAUGUUCUGUGCGGUCGGCUGCCCGCCGUCAUGCGCACCGUGCAGGCCUUGCUGGCCGUGGAGGGGGUGGAGUCGGAGGCGGAGUUAAAAGAGAAAGCCCAUCCCAUGUCCAUAAGCCCCACCUCCCCCUCCUCCUCCCAGCCCCUGAGGCUCCCCAACGGCUUCCUGCUCUUCUACUGCCUCGCCAUGGCCCUGCUCUAUGCCCUCUACUGCCACCUCACCGCCUAGUGUGUGCGUGUGUGUGUGUGUGUGUGUGUGUGUGCGUGCGUGUGUGUGUGUGUGGAGACACACACACACAAUGGGCUAUCGCAAAUGCUGCAAAAGUAAACUGUCAUGCUUGUCAUUGGCUAAGGAAGAUUUAUGCACAUACACACAAUCACAGCUGUGUAUACUGUGUGUGUGUGUGUGUGUGUGUCUGUGUGUGUGUCAGUGUUGAUGCUUGCUUCACACACUUGCGUGAUCACCCGUGCGAGAAUAGCCAGCUGUUAGGAGAGUUAUGCCGCGUGAGAAAAGUGCAUUCUUACCAAUGAUCUGGUCAGCUGGCCUCUGCUCCCAACUGGGCCAAGAGCACACACACACACACACACACACACACACACACACACACACACAGUCAUGCACAUGCUUGAACAGCACAAGCUUCAAUCUGUAUAUCAGCACAUCAUAUGGACAUAUGUCUGCACAGCCUCCAUGUUGUGGCCAGCCACAUGCACACGCACACACACACACACACACACACACACUAUUGUACAUACUGAUCUCUAUAGAGAAUGUAAUUUAUAGACAUGAACUGAUGGGACUGUCCCUCCCCCUGUGCUGGGCUAAUCUCUCCAGCCACCUCCUGAACGUUGACCUACGAGAACUCUUUAACAUGCGGACAUCUCAUUGUCCCAAACUAGCCUGUCCAUCGUAGCACCGUCCUUCAACAGGAAGUUCAGUAGGAUGUCUUAUUGUCUGAGAGACUGAGAGUAUGUCUGUCCAUUUAGUCCCCUUCUCCCAGAACCAAAACAAGGACAAAUAUGUUAAAUAAUAUUACAGAAAAACAAAACACUAAACAACCAAGGCACAAAUACAGUACCCUAGCCAUACAGCUGUACUGUAUGUCUCACUGGUAUACACAAUAACUUUUCACUUUUCACAAAAUAACACUAUGCUUGAGAACUGUUACGGAGAAAACGCGAUGUAAACAGGGUUUAUAAUGUAAUGUUACGAUGUAUCUUUCAAGGGCUUCCCCAUAAUGCUGCCUUAGGUCCGACCAAAUUAGCCUUGAACCAAACACCAUUCCUGUCUUCCAGUUGGCAUAUUUCUGUUCUUACAUUACCUAAUAUGACUCACUCAUAUUAGAUUAGGUAUUGUAAGUACAAAAGUAUGCGAAUUGGAGCACAGGGCAUGAAUUAGAUACGGCUUAACAUGUGGAAAGGAGCCUGGCACUCAUUUAAAUGACACUAAAAUAUAUAUAUUUUUCUUAAACACCUAUGUUAUGUCAGUUUUGCUGAAAGGGCUACAAUAGUUUUAUGAUUGUUUGUUUUUUUCUGCGUGGACUGUUUACUGCUCACAAACUUACGUGCCUCUGCCCGCGUGACAUGAUCCGUUUUCAUGCUGUUCGUUUGCAUUUGUUGCUACGCUUCCUCUGUUAUGCCGACUGUGGCCAACAGGUGGCAGUGUUGCACCACUGUUUUCCGAAGGCUUUAUGAUUUUUUUUUUUUUGAAACGUCAUGGUACUGAAACGUUAUCUCUAAGCUUGUAGUGAGUUGUUGCUUACUUGUUCUUUUUGGUUGUUUGAGCAAGCAUUAUGAGCUUGUUCUGUCUAUACGUGUACACAUUGGAUUAAGUUAUUGUUGAGUUGUUUUUUUUUUUAUUUAUUGAAGUGUACAAAUGCCUUUUUGAGGAGUUCUGAGUCAGUACUUGGCCAAAGCAGAGGCCUCAUGACAGUAGCCUACAAAAUGUUCUAAUGUGAACAGUAGCAUUAGGCUAAUCACACCUUAGAUGAUUGAAUUGCUCUGUUAUGGAUCAGGGCUCCGCAGACUAGAUGGAAAGAUAGGGAAGAUUAAAAUAGUCGUGUCAUUUGGUGAACUCACACAACCUUUCCCAGCAUGCACUGCUGCCAUGUGAGGAUGGCUAUUCUUAGUAAGCUGAGUGCCGUUUUUGUCUUUGUUUGCCUGUUGUGUGCCAUGAGGUCUCUGCGUUGGUCAGUGCUGUACUCCAGGGCUCCUCUGCGCUUUUGGAACACGCGUAUGCUGUGUGGUUGUCAAGACACUUGCGUCGUCGUCUGUGAAAGUUCAGAAGUGGAGAGAGAGUCCGUACAGAGGUGAAGAGUAAAUGUCUGUGACUGUGAGGAAAAGGGGCAGAGGGAGAUGAAAGAGAGAGAGAGAGAAGAGGAGGACAUGGAGGAGAUGAAGGGAUGGGAGGGUGCAGAGCGGCACAUCUUACCGGGCACUACUACCGUGUCCGCGGUCACAACCCCUCAUAAACUAUUUUUUACCGGCGUCAUAAACAACAAAUAGAAGCAUGUGGUGUCUUUGUAUGAAGCAGUUUAAAGAGAGGGUGAUAUUUUUGCAAUGUGAAAAUACUGCUUUUUUUGUUAAGAUUUUUAACCACAAUUUCAAAACUACAUUCAUUAGACCCCCUAUGUGAAAGUACUUGAAAAUCUGCCCUUGCUAUCAAUGGGGGUAAGUUUUUUUAGGGGGGUGGGAGAGUAGGGGUAUCCGAGACAGAGGAGGUAGCCAAAUUUCAAGGGAGCCGUUUCAUAAGUUUUUGGGUAGAAUUUCCAGGAAUGUGUCCUUUCUCCCCUAGGAACCACUAUGAUGACUUCAUACCAUGUCUGUUACAAAAAUUUACAAAUUUAGCCACUUUGCUAGUCCUGCUCUUUGAUGAUAAUGUCUCCAAACCAAAUUGUAUAUUUUUUUAAAAUGUAAAUGGUGAGAAAACCUAAUUUCACUGGUUUAGAGACUGACUUGUUUCUUGAGGGGGGGGGCAAAAAACGGGGACUCUGUUGUAUGUAGUAUUUAUACUAUAGCAUUGUAUUUAAUGAAACGUUAAAUAUGAGUUUAUAUGAAUAUAAAUAUAUAUAAUUUUUUCUCUUUCUGUAAAGAAAUUUAUUAAAAACCUGAAAAAUCUUUGACCAUACUUUGCUGCGUGCUGCUUGUGUCUGUCAUGUGUAUUGUCCAUCUGACGUUUUGUUGCCUGCCGAGCAGAUGGCUGCAUCCCCUCCAAACGGCUCUGUUGGGAUGGGAGUGAAAUUAAAUAUUCAUAUCCAAAUAGAGCCCUUUUAGAUGAGAGGAUGAUGGAGCCAUUUGCCACACUGCCCUCACUGUGCUGCUGCUGCUGCUCUCUCUCUCUCUCUCCGUCUCUCUCUCUCUCUCUCUCUCUCUCCCUCUCUCUGCUAUGCAGCUUUCCUGCCUUCUGAAAAGUGCUUCUCCUGCAUAUCACUGCAAUCAGCAAAAAACAAGCCGAGUCCAUUACCCUGGCUGGCAUUUCAACAUCGCAGCAUAGAAAAUAUAUCUGUCCUCCGUGUUUGCUGAUGUUUGUCUCGGUUUCAUAUCCGAUGCCAAGGAGUAAAAUGUCUGGUUUUGAUGACUGCUUUGUCAGGAAUGGUAAGUAUCCUUCACUGCAGGUGGGGCUCGACGAGUGCAAACAAACUCUAUGUGGUGCAUAUUUGACUGACUUUUUUUUUUGGAAUGUUUUGGAGUGACUAACUCUGCAUGCUGCAGGUGACGGGUGUUGCCACUUGUGAGUGAGUAACAAGCAGAUAAUUAGAUGCAUGCAUAAUUUCACCUGAGCUGAGAUUUGAACAGCUUUUUGGGAGUCAAGAGAGGGUAUAGCUGCUCGACUGAUCUGUCAGCUCAGUUGCUGUUUGUGGUUGGCAUUAUACACAAGCUUUGGUGUUUAGGUAAGAAUGCAUGAGUAGCCUAAACCAUUGCAUGUGUAUGUCUGCAUCACACGUUUCAGUGUGACACUCACUGGGUGCAUACUUGUUAGUGUGUGGUUGUGGUGGUUGUUGUUGUUGUUGUUGUUGUUUUAACAUGAGUGGUCUUUUCUUUCACACACUGCAGGAUGCUCUCUGUCCAGCCCAACUCAUCCUGGAAGACGAGGGUCUGACCCGGAUCGCUCAGACAAUCCAGGCCCUAGUGGACCUGCCCGUGUCAGGCCCCCGUCGGUCAUCCCGCCAGGACCCCGCUGGGGUGCCCCUCCAAAC